UUAGCAUUUGCACAUAUUUGGAAACGUUAUCAAGGUCAGUUUGUAGGAAAGAUAAAAAUCUCGAGUCGAGGCCGCCCUGGGCCAGCCCGGGCUGACCAUUUUAUGAAUGAUUUUGAAAGAUAUUUAACUUUUAUUGCACUUUAA